AUGAUGGCAGCAGCAUUAGAUGACAAUAUGAAGCCGUCCGAGCUCGCAAAGCUUUGCAGAGAGGCGAUAAAGGAAGACCUAAAAGAGAGAAGAGCAGAAGUGCUGGCUGAAGCUGCAGAGGCGGGAAAAAGCACCCGCUAUGCCCGUCAAGACUUCGCCAGUCGCAAGACAAGGAUGACUGCUCUCCGAAACCUGAAGGGAACAACCAUUGCAUCGAGAAGGUGGAUGGAGAAAAUCAUCUACGACUUCUACUCUGAUCUCUGGCAAGGUUCUUUACACGUUAUCUGUCGGAAUGCAAGGUUCCUAAACAGUGGAAGACCAGCAAGACCGUGUUGUUGUAUAAAAAGGGAGAUCCACAUGACAUCAGUAACUAUCGCCCAAUCUGCUUACUGUCCGUCAUCUACAAGCUCUUUAGAAGAGUGA